UCCUCUGAAGGGCAUCCACUUCUGAUUUUAAAUUUAGCAUCUAUUUGCAUACACAUCUCCAUGGCAACACAUCGACAUUUCUAUUGUGUGUGUACGAGUGUGUGCGCGCAAGCAUCCGUGCGCGCUGCUCUUUGUGUGCCUUUGUCUGAGUGUGUGCGCGCACGUUCAGGUUUGAUGCGUGCAAUAUUUGGGUGCUGUUAACCCCAGUACCGAUUUGUCUGUCUGUCACUCCUUGUUGGCAUGGCGAGUGAUGUCACUCAUAGGCAAGUGCCAUGGCAAGGGGUUGCGGUUGUCUGUGUGUGUGUGUGGGGGGGGGGGGGGUUCUUUGUGUUGGAUUCCUCAGGCGAUGCAGUGAAGCCCCGCCCUCUUCCCCCUCUGCAGCAGCCUUGUGAAAAAACAGAUUUUUUCCCCCGCACUCUUGUGCUCUCGUCUCCCAUUUUCCGCAUGCGCUCGUUGGAGGCGGCAGGGAGGCAGGCAGGCAGGCGGCCCAGGGUCCGGUCAUGUCCUCACCCCCGCUGCCGGCGCCGUCGUUGGCGCGCAGACAAUCCUGUUACCUCUGCGACCUGCCCCGCAUGUCCUGGGCCAUGAUCUGGGACUUCAGCGAACCUGUGUGCCGCGGCUGCGUCAACUACGAGGGUGCCGAUCGGAUCGAGUUUGCCAUCGAGACUGCCCGGCACCUGAGGCGGACUCACGGCCUCCAGGAGCCCAAAAACGGGAAGGAGAUCUUCAACCAGCAUCUGGCGGACGGAGCAGCCAAGUCCCAGCAGCCCUCCUUACUGUACCCGGUGCUGAGUGCGGACACCCGAGUCAGGUUGGACUACCAAGGUAGGCUGCCCAAUGGGCUCGGGGGACCGAACGGGUUCAAACAGGACGACGGACUGCCAGAGCUGAACCCAAACUCCAGGAGCAGGGGUCACGGCGGUCUGCCGUUGGCCCCGGGACUGGUUAACGUGACACCCAACCUGCUGCCCCAAACGCUGCUGAAUGGACCGGGCGCGCAGAGCAUGCCGAGCAGAACCGCACCGCAGGGCUCCACGCUGUGUCUGAGCGAACCUGCCGCAAAGCGACCGUCCUCUGUGUCAGGUGUGGAGCAGGACCCGGAGAUGAAAGACAAGCAGAGGAACGCAGAGACGCUGAGUGAGCUGAGCGAAAGUCUUCGGAACCGGCAGGAGGAGUGGGCCAACAAGCCCAAGAUGGUUCGAAACACCCUGCUCACUCUGUCCGGGUGCACCCCCUUUGAGGUCCGCUUCAAGAAGGAUCACAGCCUGGUCGGGCGCGUAUUCGCUUUCGACGCGGUGUCCAAACCCGGUGUUGACUACGAGCUGAAGAUCUUUAUUGAGUAUCCGAGCGGUUCUGGUAACGUGUUCUCCAGCGCCUCGGGGGUGGCCAAGCAGAUGUACCAGGACUGUAUGAAGGACCUGGGCCGAGGUCUGUCCUCUGGGUUCAAGUACCUGGAGUAUGAGAAGAAGCACGGUUCUGGUGACUGGCGGUUGCUUGGUGAUUUGUUACCAGAACCUCUACGGGUCUUUAAGGACUGCUUGGGGGCGGACAUGCUGCCGCAGCCCCACAUCGACGGCACCCACCCGCCGCUGCCUACCUCCCUGCUGUCCUCCACCCAGGCCCAGGCCCCGAGCGGUUCCAGAGGCGGCUCCAGGAAGAGGAAGUCCUCUCCGGAACAGGAUUCGGCCGAGAGUGCCCCGAAGCCGAUGGAGGAGCAGCACAGGCAGUGGAUCGCCAACCAAGCCGAAGCCCUCAAACUUCCCUACGGCGGCAACCCAUUGGGUGCCCCCACUGGCCGCUCCACCCCGCGAGAAUCCUCCGAGUCCCCAGUGGGUGCUCUAGUGUCCACAGCCGACACGUCGGUCCAUUCUAGCAGCGGGUCCCCUUCCACCGCAGGCGGCCAUAGGGGCCUCUCUUCUCGCAACGGAGACCCCAGGGGUGCUGAGCCAGCGACGGUGGCCACCAGCGGACCUUUGUGCUGCACACUGUGUCACGAGCGCCUGGAGGACACUCACUUUGUCCAGUGUCCGUCCGCCGCCCACCACAAGUUCUGCUUCCCGUGCUCCCGAGACAGCAUCAAGGCCCAGGGCGCUGCCGCCGAGGUCUACUGUCCCAGUGGGGACAAGUGCCCUCUGGUGGGUUCCAGCGUCCCCUGGGCCUUCAUGCAGGGAGAGAUCGCCACCAUCUUGGCAGGCGACGUCCAAGUCAAGAAGGAGAGAGACCCUUGAGGACGCACGCGGCCUUCGAUCCGACUUCUUGCUAUCCACCGGGAAAAGGACCUAGUCCUGCUUCCAAACACGCCAACAAAAAAAAUUGCCUAUAGAGGCAACAAGAUGGCGCCAAAGCAUUACGUUUACUUCAAUUGAUAAGGCUUUGACAUGUGUAAAACCAGUUAAUAUGGGACGAUUUCUUCAAAUGAUGUGGCAAAAGUUAAAUUGCGACAGGGUCCUAAAUUUACUACGACUUCCACUGCGUUAACGUUUCUCUCCCUUGUAAUUGACAAAAUUGGCCUAGAUUCACGGCUUAAUUUUUCUCUCCCGAUCUCAAAUCUGACACGAUGCCGCGGCGCCACCUACGGGCACGUCUUUGUUAUGACAGUUAUGUCGAAGCUUGAAUUCCCCGAUGAAUGGUGCAAGGGUUGAAAACGUACUUGAUGAACAUGCUCGUCGGUGGCAGUAAACGCCGCGAUUCAAGUUGGCCAAUAAAAAUGUCCGCGGCAGUCAAUGAGUUUAGCGAAGCAAAACUGUUCAUGCCAGCUGUGACUCCUCUUAAGAUCCCAGGCUAAACUUGGCACCUUCCUGGUCAUACAAAUUUCUUGGAGCAGUUAAGAUGUAGCACUUCAAUAUAUUAACCGCUACGUUUGGGUUUUCGUGGCACCUUGUAGCGUUUGGGCAUUACGGCUUAAUAAAUUCCUGUGGGUUGCCUGUACAAGACGGGAACAAAUCAGAAAAGUGUUUCUUCACAGGUGAACGUGGAAGACAUUUUGGGGUUUUGUUUGACCUAGGUGACGAGGACGGCGGCUCGCAAACAGCAACUUGUUAUUUUUGUAGUCUCCUUCGACCGAUGGGACUCCUCAGUUGAGCUUUCUAGCAGCCUUUUUACGCAUUUUCUACGUGUUGACGUCUGACUGUGUUCCCGUGGUGACAUGUUGUGAAUGUGCCUCGGCGCAGUGUCAAUAAAGUCCACUUCCAUCAGU